CCCCUAAACCCCACAAGGCACAUCUUUAACAGGAUGCUGACAGCUCCACACAUGCAUAGUACAUGUGUCCCAGUACUGCUAGGGUUUAUUCCAGGGCAGAAGAUGUUUGUGCCUUCAUCUGGGCUCUGCUGGCGUGAAAUGAAAAACCUUUUUCAAACUUUCCUUGCCCUUAGAGCCCAAUGGCUCAUCCCCCUGCUUGGGACCAUGUCAGUGACUCCCUCUCUCCAUCAUGCAGGUGAUUCAUGUUUAAGUGCAGGUUGGGAUGUUUGGGGCUGUUUUUAGUAGUGAACAGGCUUCCAGUAUAGCAACCCGGUAGUCACAGCCUGUAAUUAACCAUGUCUUGAUGAUGUCCCUCCAUCAUGAAGAAGCAGAGCUGUGACCUUCUAGCAUAUCCAAAGAGCGGGAUGGAAGGGCUCUAAGUGGAUCCAGAACCAUAAUGAUUUGCCCAUGCUGGGCUAACGCAUGUCCCUGUGUCUGCAUCAGUACUAUCCAGCACCCUCACCCCUGCAGCCCCUCAGUUUUCCUGCCAUCCAUGAGGCUGCAGGAUUUAACUCCAAAUGGAUGCUCCCUAUGUUCAGUUUACAUCCCCAGUCUCACCUCAGGUGCACCAGGGAGCUGAAUUGAUUGUGCUGCGAGGAAGGUGGAGAUGCACCUGCCCUAAAUUCUGCUGAAACACUCUCCUGCCUGGUGGUGUAAAGACCUAAAAUGUCCUUUGGCCCUAGGAAGGAAGGUAAUUAAUGCCUGUAGCCCAAAUCAUUUCAAUCUUACUCAGUAUUAAAUGGAAGCAAAACAUGACAGAUGAAAGAGGGAACUGCUUAAUCAGCCAGGGGAGCUUUCCAGGAGAAAACUGCUGGUUGUUGGGAAGUUUCAGGCGGAAGGUACACACUCGCUCCCCUGGGGGGCCGGGCCACCCUAUAAAACAGUGGGGACAGUGCCCAGCCCCACCACCUGCUCCCAGCUGCCACUGCUGCCAUCUCCACCUGGGUAAGUUAAAACGGGCUCCAUCUCCUCCACACCAGGCUCUUGCCCGGUCCUCUACAGGAGUUCAAGGUUUGUUACCUGCCUCCCUUCCACCUGCAGAGGACAGCGGGGAAGGGUGUAUCUCUGCCCUAAAAUGAAGACUGCAAGGGGUUGUGGGAUGCAGCGCUUGCAGGGUCUGCAACCACGUAGCCAGUUGCAUCCUGCAUGAUUUUCCUUGCUGAAGGAGAGGGAAAAAAAAUAGAAUAGGAUAUACCCAGGCUGCAAGGAUUGAUGUCCCCCUGUUUAUGGAAGGGCAUUAAAGGUCUUUUUUAUUUUGGGAUGGGAUAGCUCAGCUCACAUUGCAUUGAUUUAAGUGGGCUUUGCUACAACUCGAUGCAUCUCAGUGAGCAUCUUGCUUGCUGAGGGCUCUCUGUCGGCUUGGAGCAGGAGAGGGUCUGCUCUCUGUUCUCAGCACCCGGUGCCUCCGGCUUCCCCAGAUCUGCAGCUCAAACCAAACUCCUCCCAUUCUCCCGAGCGGGGCGGAAGGGGGGCAGGGGGGUAUGCUGGCUCCUGCCCAUUUGGAAAGCCUUUCUCUGGCGUUUCUAAACCAUGCAAACUCACUCUCUAGUUCACUCUCGCACACCUAUAAUGGGAGCCGCUCCGUGAGGGCUCAGCAGGGGCGGACCAGCCUCUGCCUUGCCUUUUACAGCCUGGCUGUGGCUUUCAGGUGCACAUCCUCGCCGAGCCAUGUCCUGCUACGACCUGUGCCUGCCCUCCUCCUGCGGUCCCCGGCCACUGGCCACCAGCUGCAACCAGCCCUGCCUCCGCCGCUGCGGGGACUCCACCGCUGUCAUCCAGCCGCCCACCGUCGUGGUCACCCUGCCCGGGCCCAUCCUCAGCUCCUACCCGCAGAACACCGCAGUGGGCUCCACGGCGUCGGCGGCGGUCGGGAGCUACCUGCGGUGCUGCGGGGUCCCCGUGUGCUCCGGCGGGGCCCGGGGGCUGGGGAAGGCGGGGUUGCUGUGCCUGGGCAGCGGGCUGUAGAGGUGUCCCCAGCGGUCACCUCCUCCUCCCGCCGGUGACAGCUGCGUGGCCGCGUCGGGAGGGACAAACGAAGCGCAAGGACCAAGGCUGGGGAAGAGGACUAAGCCCCUGGGUUUCCCAGAUGCGGGGGGCACCCGCAGUUCCCCCAGGAGGAAGAGAGCCCUGCGAGCUUGUCACUCCAGACCGUGCCUCUGUAUACCUUUCUCUUGCAAAGUCUUACUUUAUAUUUCCAUGUUCUAUGCAGCAUUUGCUGCUGGCUGGGCAUAAAUGCUUCUAGCAGGCUGUAGAUGGCACAUAAUAGUCAUGAGGUGGUGGGGAGGAGGAACACCUUGUAGGGAUUUGGCUUGUCCUGGAAUGGGGUUUAUCCAUUUCUUUACUGAGCACUGGAAACACAUUUCUUACACUCUGAACUGAUUUACUCUCCUUCCCCUUCUCAUUAAAGUCAUGCUACAUCA